UGAUCAACCUUUAUUUGUUGAGAUAAUUUUUUUUUUGAUAAAUGAAAUCUGAAGUGUGGAGUAACUAUAAAUUAAAUCAUUUAUUUGGACUUAGUUGAUUUAGAUGUUAGCUAAUUGAAGAUAAACAACAAAAUUAUAAUGAGGUGUAGCGUCUCUAUUUUUCUUGCUAUUUUAGCAAUUGCUUCUGCUUUAAAUGAUCAUGAAGAAUGGAUGCAUUUCAAACAAAAUCAUGGAAAAAUGUAUAAAGAUCGAGUAGAAGAAAAUUUUCGGUUUUCAGUGUUUCAAGAUAAUUUACGCAAAAUCGAAGAACAUAACGAAAAAUUCGACCAAGGACUAUCUACUUUCAAAAUGGGGAUGAAUUUAUUUGGAGAUUUAACUGCCGAAGAAUUUCUUGAGAGACAAAAGCUAUCAAAAAGGAAUAUACCUUCGAUUUCACCAAAAACUGAAAAUGUUGAAGGUAAAUAUGAUGACGAUGUUCCUGAUACAGUUAACUGGGUAGAGAAGGGAGCAGUAACGGAAGUGAAAAAUCAAGGAGACUGUUCAUCUUGUUGGUCAUUCAGCACAACUGGCGCAACUGAAGCUGCAUAUUUUAUUAAAACAGGAGAACUCAUUCCUCUGAGUCAACAAAAUCUCGUUGAUUGUGCUAGAGAUCAUUGUUACGGUUGCAGCGGAUGUUGGAUGGACAGAGCUAUGGAGUACGUUGAGAAAAAUGGGAUAAUGAAAGAUGGGGAUUACCCUUAUAAAGGACAAACCGAUGAAGCUUGUUUAUUCAAUGUAUCGGAAUCGGUAGUAAAAACCAAAGGACAUGUUUUUGUAGUUACAGGCGACGAAGAUGAUUUAAAGAAGGCUGUUGCUAGACAACCAGUCACUGUAGCUAUAAACACAGAUUAUUCGUUUCAGUUCUACCAAACAGGUAUUUUCGAUAAUCCAAAUUGCAAAAAAGACAAAGCUCAUUUAGACCAUUCUAUAUUGAUUGUUGGAUAUGAUACUUUAGAAGGAGUUGACGUCUGGCUUGCAAAAAAUUCGUAUGGUACAUCAUGGGGUCAGAAAGGAUAUGUGUGGCUGUCAAGAAAUAAGGAUAACCAAUGUGGAGUUGCUUCAUAUGCUGUAUAUCCAGUUUUGUAAAUAUGAAAACCUCAAAUGAAUUCUUUAUUCAGUUACAUAACACUAUCAUAUUAUAGACUA